GCUAGUGUGCUACUACAACCCAAAAUGGAGUGUUCGAGUCGGAGAGUUCUAUUUCUCGCCGUGGCGGCAGCAUUCCUUCUCCUCUCACUAGCCCCAAUUUCCGAAUCAGCCAUUUCGUGCAGUGAUGUGCUGAAGGACCUGAGGCCUUGCGUAAACUAUCUCAAGAGCGGGACCGGGAAGCCUCCGGAUGCCUGCUGUAAAGGGGCCGCUGCUCUGGCAAAUGCUGCGACCACAUCGGCUGACAAGAAGGCUGCCUGUGCCUGCAUUAAGUCAGCUGCGAAGCAGUUCAAUCCCAACUCACAGUUGGCCCAAGAUCUCCCGGGCAACUGCGGGAUCACUCUGCCUGUUGCUGUUUCACCCAAUGUGGACUGUUCCAAGUUUGGCUAAUACAUGGCGAAGGCCUCGAGCAGGAGAGCCAUAUGAAUCAUCUAUUUGCGUUGUUUCAAUCGAUAUGUAUUAGAGUUGGUUAAUCUUCUCAGCAAGCAUUUAGCUUCGCCAGGAAGAUAUAUAUAAUAAAGUUCACUGCUCGGAGAAUCAUGUCACUGGCAUCGCCAUGACUCGUCUUAUAAAUACAUUCGACUGUUACGAGUCCCUACUGGCUCCUCUAUAGCCUAUGCUGAUAGAAAACUGAAUAAAGCUCAUAACAAUGCUUCCUAGAGAUAGUCUCGGUUCAUUGCUGUGUGCCCGUGUCUUCAUGUAAGAUGAAAUGAGAUAUAAUAUAUAUGUAUUGUUUGUUUAAUUUCUUGAUCAGGAAAUUUCAGAUAAUUC